GGCGUGGCGCUGACGUGGCGGCGGCACCGGCACCAUGCGGGGCGGUAGUGGUGGCGGCGGCUCGGACACCAGGACUGGACAUCACAGACAGCAGAAACUCAAGAAGUCCUUAGGAAAUAAAAAGUCUAAGCCACCUGAGGAGGUGGAAGCUGCUAUGGUAGGAGUGAACAGUGACUCUGAGGACACAGUCACCAACAUCUCCCCUGCUUCCCCAGUGAAUGGGAGUGCAGAGCCCAGGAGCAAGCGCACCAUUCGCAGGCCUGCUUACUGGCUGGAAAUGAGAGGAAUGAAAAACAGUGUCAACAAAUCUUCAGAAAAAAAAGGAGAAGUACUGUUGAAAGGCAAGAGGAAAUCUGAGCAAAGGGAAGGCAAAGAUGUUAAAGACUCUCCCAAGAAGAAGCAGAAGAUUUCAGGGAAAAACCAGCAAACUGGAACAAAACAAAACUCCAGAACGAAACACCACAGUGUUCAGAAAGAGCCAGAAACCUAUGAAACAGGUAGUAUGGAAGAACAGUGGUCUCUAGAGAUUCAGGACAAAGGCCGAGUUACCUGUCCCACGUGCCGGGCUGUGGUGAGGAAGACUGUAGAAGGGCUGAAGAAACAUAUGCUGAAUUGCAGGAAGGAAAUGUUCACGUGUCAGCACUGUGGAAAGCAGCUGAAGUCUUUAGCAGGGAUGAAAUACCACGUCAUGGCAGACCAUAACAAUCAGCCAAUUAUGAAGGAGGGAGAAGAAGUGGAUGAGCAGCUUGAGCGAGAGCGCCUUCGGAAGGUUCUGAAGCGAAUGGGAAAACUGAAGUGUGCAAGGGAGGGCUGCACAGGCAGCUUCACCAGCAUAAUGGGGUACCUGUAUCAUAUUAAAAAAUGUGGGAAGGCUGCAUCUGAGCUGGAGAAAAUGGCUAUGAAGUGCCAUCACUGUGGGAAAGCAUACAGAUCAAAGGCAGGACUUGUCUACCACCUCCGAUCGAAGCACGGGCCAGUCACUUUCCUCCAUGAGGAGAGAACAGAGAACCUGAAAGAAAUGAAACGGGAGCAAAACAGCGCGGGCAGAGUUCAGAGGAGAUCUGCAAAGGUGGCAAUCUACUAUCUCCAUGAGCUGGCUGGAGAAGAGCUGGCCAAAGAGUGGCCCAAAAGAAAAGUUCUGCAGGACUUGAUUCCAGAUGACCGGAAGCUGAAAUACACUCGUCCUGGACUGCCCACAUUUAGUCAAGAUGUGCUGUGCAAAUGGAAAACGGAGAUAAAGAUGUACCGAAGAGUCCACUGCCCAAAUCAGGGUUGUGAAUCUGUGUAUGGCAGUGUCUCAGGACUCAAGUCUCACCUUGGCACAUGUACCUUGGGAGACUUUGUGGCUGGUAAAUACAAGUGUCUUCUGUGUGAGAAGGAGUUCACUUCAGAGAGUGGGGUCAAGUAUCACAUCAACUCUGUGCACGCUGAGGACUGGUUUGAUGUGAAUACAACGACCACCAAAAGCUUUCAGAAGCUAAUGAAAAUUCGCCAAAGGGAAGAGCAGAAGAAGCAACGGAAGAAACGUCCUUUGAGCAGGGGCAAGAAGAAGAGAGCUGGCAGCCUGGCUGCCAAGAAGCUCCCUGCUGUUGGAGCUGAAAAAACGAGGAGGAGUAAGAGAGGUCGUCCACCACGAGCAGACAAGGAGAGCACGGGCAGUGAGGAAGGGGCACCCCAGGUUGCACAGAAAGCUGAAGUUCCAAAAAGCAGCAGCAGCCGCAAGCGAGGCCGAAGUAAAUCCCUAGAAGAUGAGAAGGAGUAAUCCUAAAGUUUUUCAGCUACAAGCCCCACUUCUGUCAGGCUCAUAACCCACAGCACUAAUAUAAGCAGCUGAAUGUCUUUGGGACCGUGACUCAGUUCUACAGGUGACUUUGACACUGAAACAUCUGGUCAGUUAUGAGGAGUUCAAACCAAAGCUGUGGAGCAGAGGCUGCUUCUGCCAGUGGAGUUCCUUUGGACAGUGGCACUCACAGUGUGCUCAGUGUGAUUCCUGCUCUGGUUGCAGCCUCAGUUUGGUCAUACUAGUUGCUUGUAUAGUGGUUUCCAGUACAGCAAGUGUCUGUUUUGUCAUCUUCCUCUGAUGUGUGAGAUCAGGGCUCUUUUUUACAGUUCUUCUCAAAAGGGACUGACUAGCACAAUGUUUAGGUCUCUUCAGCGGGGAAAUCCUUUCUUGCACAGAAUGCACCCACACUGAACAUGAGAACAGUGCUGUGCAGAAUGCAAGGACUCUGGUUUGCCCUGUCACUCUCCUGUCUGUUGUCAGCAAGGCUGCCACAAAAAAGACCUUCUCAGUGUUUGCUGUAUCCUGUUGCACAAAGCUCUGUUUCAUACCCCAGCGUUUAGGCUCAGCACCAGACUUGGAAGGGAUGGAAGGUCAUUAUUACCCUUGUCAGGAGCCCACUGUUCAUCCUGCAGCUGUCUCCUGUAAUGUUGGACAUUAAACGUGUGUAGAAAGUCCUCCCGUGCUGCAACAGCUGGAUGCUCUCAAGCUUUUGGAGAUUCACCAGCCUUUUAGAGACCUCGGUAAUGAUGUUCUGAGGUGACCUUUGUGUGCCCUCUGAAGCUGUUCCAUGCUCACCUGGGAGCCACACUGCAAUUCAGUGCAUCCCUCCAUGAGCAGUCUGCAGUGCUGGGACCAGGUUCCACGGAGCUGCCUUGCCAGCAUGUGGUUCUUUGUCAUGCCAGUGUUCCCACAGUGUCUUUUCCCCUGCUCUGCAGAUACCCCUUCAUUGUCUUACAUAACCUGUUUCUUUUCAGCAUUGCCUCUCUGUGCAAAUGAGGUAAAUAGCAGUGGCUUCCCUGUGUAGAAAAGGUUAAAAGAAGAGGGGUCAUCAUUUUAAGUCAUGUUGUUGGCAUUGUCUCUGGACCCUUAUAAGGAAUAAUAUCUUCCUGUCUCUAUAAAUCACAGAAUGUUAAGGGAUUGGAAUGGACUUUAAAGAUCAUUCAGUCUCACCCCCUGCUGCCACGAGCAGGGACACUAGAGCUGGUUGCUCAAGGCCUUACCCAGCCUGGCUUUGAGCACUGCUGGGGCUGGGGCAUCCACAGCCUCCCUGGGCACCCUGUGCAGUGUGUGAAUGCAGCAGAUGUCACAGAAGCUGGCAGGAAGCAGCAGCACAAGCAGUCCUGUUUUUUAAAGAAUGAGUUCUCCAGGCUUUGUCAAAGACCCACCAUACCAGAAAAUUGCAAGAUUUGCACUGUGGGACAAAGUUGCUGGUGCUGAGAUUGCCAGGGAAGGCAUUGCAGUGUGUAGGGAGCAGGCAGGUUUGUACCUGUGUGUUAGUACCAGCACCAUCCCAUUGUUCUGACAGCAGGGGAUACUGUAGGGCCAAGGGGGUCUCCAGAACUGCCUUUGGAACCAGGGUCUGCUGUGUUUGCAGGUGCUGUGCUGAAAGCAGAUGUGGAGACUGUGCAGGGCAUGUAGAGUCUGCAGUGAGAUGGGCAAGAGCAGAAGACAACAAAAUAAAAUGUCACCAGUGUGAGAAUGUGGUUUCUUGUCUGUUUGCUGUGUGGUGUUCUUGUUGCCAUCCCUCCUCCCCCAGCACAGCCCAGCCUGCUGCAGGGCUGUCCUACCUGCAGGGCUGUCUGUCCUGCAGGGCUGUCCUGUGCAGGGCUGUCUGUCCUACCUGCAGGGCUGUCCUGCUGCAGGGCUGUCCUGCAGGGUUGCCCUGCAUGCUCUGGUGCUGUUCAGCUCUCUUCGUGGUUUCUCUCUAGAACUCCACAGUGCUGUACUUGGGGCAAACGUUCACUGCAUUCCCACUGAGUACAAUAAAUGCAGGAAUUAAAGGUUUUUCAUAGUGGUUUUCAGUCUAGAGUCCUGUUUCCUGUCAUUUAUAAGCUACUAACUAGACCUGCUCUCUAGACAUUCAUUGUUUGUGACCACUUGGGUUUUGUAGUUACUUCAGUAACACUCUCCACAUAACAGGGCACAUGGAAAAAGGCAUUCUCCAAGGAUCCAUCCGUGUCCUCAGCACAACAGCAGAUUGUUUGUGGGAUUGGCUCAAGCUGGUAUGAGCUGGUGGCACUGCUGCCAGUGCACGGUUUGUGAGGAGGGAGAUCUGUCCUGGAGCUCCUACAUGCUGCUGCAGUGGGGCCAGGGCAGCUGUGCUGCUGCAUGCAGCACAGCUGUGCUGCUUGCUUUGAGGGCAGGGGAUCCAGCAGAGAGGCAGAACUGCCUCCCUCACCUCACCUGCUGUGCACGCUGCUGCAGAGGCAGCCCUGGACCCUGGUGGUUCCUGGGCUGCCAGUGCACGUGGCCAGAUUGUGUUAGCCCAGUUUUGUUAUCCCUAGGACCUUGUCUCCCAGGCUGCUCUCCAUCCAUGGAUUCCCCAGGUUUUUCUGGGUGACAUCCUUCUCCUCCAGAAGAUCAAUUGCACCAAGCAGCUCAGAUGGACACCAGGCCCUGGAGGAACGCUGCCCACUGCCCCAGCAAACUGGUCCUUGCUGUUACCAAUUCUACUGGAGCAAGUACACGUUUAGGAAGAGACCCAGUUUUGAAGGAAUCAGAAGUAACAAGAGACUGGCUAGUCACUCAAUACUUGUUGCAGUGGUUCAUUGUACUAAAAAUGCUGUGUCUUCUCUUUGGAACUUGUUUUAUUUCAGCCUCUGUAUCCCACACUGUUGAGUCCUGGUAACGGAAAUAGCUUUAGGGUAGCAGAAAUUUCUUCCUGCAUAUUUGUAGUCAUAAUUAACUCCAUACAUAAUUUGCUGUAUGAGCUAAAGAGGCUUGCUAGUGUCAGUCAAAAUAGCUUUUUCUUUUUUUUUUUCUGUUGUGCAUUGUUCUUUGCUGACAUGUUAUGUAUCAAUUGGUGCAUUUUUCACUUUUUAAGUCCAGGAGGAUGAACCAGGAACCAGCUGCAGUGUUCUGUAACAGUCUGGUUUAUGUAAGAUACAAGGAUGACCUUGCUCUGCUCUCACCUACUUCCUUUUGUCCUCAACUCCCUCAGUACACUGUUAAUAUUCACUUUUACCCUCUUAAGCACAUUUUUCAGUUGUUCUGCUAAUGCCUCUGAGAACUCAUUUCUUUUGUUUCUAGAAACUCAACAGGGUUUAAGGCCAGACAGCACAUGAUGAACACAUUCUGAAACAUUGUGGUGCAUUUCACAGAACUAGUCUAGCAGAUACCUUAAUAACUAUGUUUUGUACAGUAACUUUUCCAGAAAGCUUGGGUUUAAUAUGCAGAUUCUCUUUGCAAUUGCUAUAUAAUUUCAUUAACAUUCUUGAUAAAGAUGUCAAAUAGCUGCAGAGUAUGGGGUUCUCUAGGACAAAUCCUUAUUUACAAUUAUUUAAUAUCAAGCAUUUAAUGUAUUCCACCAAUGCUUGUAUAACAUGUGGGGCCAAAAACAAGGCCUUAGAGAAAUUUAUGAUGUCAACAGCUACUUUUACCAAAAUGGACUUGUAAUUAAUUAAAGAAUAAUAUUUACAGAAAA